AAGAGAUUUAUGAAUGUAGAUGAAGCAAAAGAAUGAUUUUCUUUUAUUUCUUGAACAUAUAUAAGUACCUAGGACAGGAAGAAAUAAUCUCACUUUUUUUAACAACGUCGAUGGUAUCUGUUUGCUGCGUCUAGUGAUCGUGAUAUUUGAUCAUACAUCUUUUCAUUGAUUUGAGGACUGAAAUUAUAUUUUACUUUGUCUCCGUUAUCAUGAAGCUAUAUCUCCUGACUAUCCUCUUAAUUCGUUGUUUGUUCAAUAUCGGUGUAUGUGAGGAACCCACUUACACCACGAAGUACGAUGGUAUAGACCUGGACGAAAUAUUGGCAAGUGACCGCCUCUUGGCGGGGUAUGUCAACUGCCUUCUUGAUCUUGGGCCUUGCACUCCAGAUGGCAAAGAAUUAAAAAACAAUCUGCCGGAUGCUAUACAGAGUGACUGUCACAAAUGUUCAAGGAAGCAACGAGAAGGGUCUGAAAGAGUUAUGGAAUUCAUCAUAGACAACAAACCAGACGAUUGGACUAAACUUGAGAAGAAAUAUAAUUCAGAUGGCAGUUACAAAGAAAAAUAUAUGAAUAAGAAAAAGUCACUAUCUGAAGGAAAAUCGGACAGCAAAAGUGAGGAGGAUGAAAAACAAAAUUCAAAAGAAAACUCACAAUGAUUAAAAUACGACCGAUGUUAUUAUGACCGAUGAAUAUCUGAUUAUAUAUUAAAUU